UCUUCCUUCUUCACCAGUCACCACCACCACCAUACUAUAACAAAAAAACAGUACUUCAACUCGGCCAUGCCACUUAAUUCUGUAGCACCAAAACCAGAAAAUCCCAGCAUUCAACUGAUGGGAGGCCUGCCAAUAUCAUCAGAGUCCUGUGACAAUCCUUAUCUGGCUUACCCUAUACAGGCCAGAACACAGUCCUUUCUGCAAAUGACCUUAAACCCCAUAACUCUAAAGUUUGAAGAGAUUGUCUACAAGAUCAGAAUUGAAACGAAAGGAAUGUGUUGUGGCCAAACAUUGAGCAGCAAAGAGAAGAUAAUACUGAACGGGCUAACAGGUAUGGUUUGUCCAGGGGAGAUACUGGCCAUGUUAGGUCCAUCAGGCAGUGGAAAAACAACCCUCCUAACAGCCCUUGGGGGCCGCCUCACCAGCAAGUUAUCAGGAAAGAUCACAUACAACACCCAGCCUAUAUCAGGUCAUAUCAGACGUCAAACCGGGUUCGUUGCCCAGGAUGAUGUCCUGUAUCCCCAUCUAACUGUGUUUGAAACUCUCCUGUUCACUGCACUACUGAGGCUGCCAAAAACCCUUACCAAGGAAGAGAAAGUCCAGCAUGUGGAGCAAGUUAUUGCAGAAUUGGGAUUGAGCAGGUGCCGCAACAGCAUGAUAGGAGGACCUCUAUUUCGAGGAAUAUCAGGUGGAGAGAAAAAGAGGGUCAGCAUUGGCCAAGAAAUGCUAAUCAAUCCAAGCCUACUGCUGCUAGAUGAGCCCACCUCGGGGUUGGACUCGACCACAGCCAUGCGCAUUUUGACCACGAUCAAGCGUCUUGCUAGUGCUGGUCGGACGGUGGUAACCACAAUCCAUCAGCCUUCCAGCCGGCUCUAUCAUAUGUUUGAUAAGCUGGUCUUGUUGUCGGAGGGCAGCCCAAUCUACUAUGGUCCUGCAUCAACUGCCCUGGAAUACUUCUCUUCAAUUGGCUUUUCCACAACACUCACCGUCAAUCCUGCAGAUUUCUUGCUUGACCUUGCGAAUGGAAUUGGGCCUGACGCCAAGCAUGCAAUUGAGCUAGGUGAAAGUGCUGAGAAGGAACAAAAAUUAGUGAGAGAAGCUCUGAUAUCCGCUUAUGACAAAAACAUUGCUACAAGGUUGAAAGCUGAGCUAUGCAGUUUAGACAUCAAUAAUUAUGCUUACGCAAAGGAUUCUUCCACUAAACGUGAUGCAAAGUCAGAGCAAUGGUGCACGAGCUGGUUUUAUCAGUUCAACGUGCUGCUACUGCGGGGGCUUAGGGAGCGGAGGUAUGAAACCUUCAACAGACUAAGAAUUUUCCAAGUCAUCAGUGUUGCAAUACUUGGCGGACUUCUCUGGUGGCAUACCCCAAUGUCCCACAUUGAAGAUCAAAUUGCUAUGUUAUUCUUCUUCUCUGUUUUCUGGGGCUUUUACCCAAUCUACAAUGCUGUUUUCACUUUUCCCCAAGAAAGAAGGAUGCUUAUCAAGGAAAGAUCAUCUGGAAUGUACCAUCUGUCCUCCUACUUUCUAGCUAAAACAGUGGGCGAUCUUCCACUAGAGCUUGCUCUGCCAACUGCCUUUACCUUCAUAAUUUAUUGGAUGGGUGGGCUCAAACCAGAACCAGCCACCUUCAUCCUUUCCCUUCUCAUUGUUCUGUACAGUGUCCUUGUUUCGCAAAGUCUAGGAUUGGCCUUUGGUGCAAUACUUAUGGACGUAAAGCAAGCUACUACCUUAGCAUCAGUAACAACGCUAGUUUUCCUCAUUGCUGGUGGUUACUAUAUUCAACAAAUCCCUGCUUUCAUAGUCUGGUUAAAGUACUUGAGUUACAGCUACUACUGUUUCAAGCUGCUUCUUGGAGUGCAAUACAAUGGGAAUGAUUAUUAUGAGUGCUCCAAGGGAGUAUAUUGCCGGGUUGCAGAUUUCCCUUAUGUCAAAUCAGUAGGUCUAAACCAUUUGUGGAUUGACGUGUCCAUCAUGGCACUCAUGAUGGUGGGCUAUCGGUUCAUUGCUUAUCUAGCAUUGCGCAGGGUCAGAUGAAGAAGGUUCAAUUCAGGAGCAUGAUCACCAAGGCCUGUUGAAGAGUUUUCCAUUUCUUCAACUGAGCAAUAAUCUUAGGUUUAGAUGAGAAUGCCACUGUCAGAUUAUGAUCACAAGUACCUGGAUAGUUGGAUGUAUCACAUUCUGGCAAUGGUUUGCAAAAAACUGACUUACAAAAGUGAUCAAGAUUUGCACAAUAAAUGUGUAACACUCUUAAUAGUAAGACCCAGUCUUAUAGAAGGAGAAUGAUUUUCCCAGUGUCAAAAAAGAGGGCAUGUUAAGGCAACUCAAAGUCCACUGUAUUCCAGAUCCAUGUGGGGGCAUUACAAUCGCCACUUUAUGGUAGUAACUCCUACAGAUGCAUUGACCACAAAAAGAAGGCACUCUUUUAAAGAAUAAGCAAAUUUAAGUACAUAGAGUAAUUAUAUUGGACAAACGUUUUAUGUCUGGAAGUGCACCAUAACAUUGCUUUUAUCUA